GGGGCCUGCCGUCACGCGCGGCCCCGCCCCCUCGGCCUCCCUCGGCCUCCCGGAGGCGGCAACCGCUGCUCGGCGCUUCCCGGUUGGCGGCGCGGGCUGCACCUCUCUCUCUGGAGACCAUGGGGGACCCCAGCAAGCAGGACAUCCUGGCCAUCUUCAAGCGCCUCCGCUCGGUGCCCACGAACAAGGUGUGCUUUGACUGUGGUGCCAAGAACCCCAGCUGGGCCAGCAUCACCUAUGGGGUGUUCCUGUGCAUCGACUGCUCGGGCUCACACCGCUCGCUGGGUGUCCACUUGAGUUUCAUCCGGUCCACAGAGCUGGACUCCAACUGGUCCUGGUUCCAGCUGCGCUGCAUGCAGGUCGGAGGAAAUGCCAAUGCCUCUUCCUUUUUCCAUCGACACGGCUGCACCACCAGCGACACCAACUCCAAGUACAGCAGCCGCGCCUCCCAGCUCUACAGGGAGCGAGUCAAGUCGCUGGCCACCCAAGCCACGCGGAAGCACGGCACCGACCUGUGGCUUGAUAGCUGUGUGGUCCCGCCCGCGUCCCCACCACCAAAGGAGGAAGACUUCUUUGCAGCUCAUGUGCCUGCUGAGCUCGCCAGCACAGCCUGGGCAUCUGUGCAGCCGGAGCUGCCUCCUUCCACACCAAAGGCCAUGGUGACGAUGCUGGAAAGCAGUGAAGGUGGACCAGACGUGGGGCCAAGCGUGGCAGGUCUCAAUGCCCCUGCGAAGGCCACCUCAGAGGUCUCCUCUCUUAUAAAGAAGAAACCCAAUCAAGCUAAGAAAGGACUUGGAGCCAAAAAAGGAGGCCUGGGGGCCCAGAAACUGGCGCACACGAGCUUUGAUGACAUCGAGAAACAGGCUCAGGCUGCAGACAAGAGGAAGGAGCAGGAAGAGCUGGCCAGGGCAGCCCCCAAGGAGGAGUCCAUUGUCUCAUCGUUGCGACUAGCCUACAAGGACCUUGAAAUCCAGAUGAAGAAAGACGAGAACCUGAGUGGCCAAAAGAAAGCCGAGGCCGAGAGGCUGGGCAUGGGCUUUGGAAGCUGCAGAAGUGGCGUCUCGCACUCAGUGACGUCAGACAUGCAGACCAUAGAGCAGGAGUCGCCGGUGCUGGCCAAGCCGAGGAAGAAGUACGCCGAGGAUGGUGAUGAGUCCUACUUCACCUCCAGCUCCAGGUACCUGGACGACCCACUGGAGCUGAGGGGCAGUUCCUUCCCCAGCUGGGACGACAGCACAGACUCCUGGAGGAGGGAGAGCAGCAGAGACGCGGGAACAGUGCUGAAGGGCACGGGCUACGCAGACAGGCCUACCACCCGUCGCAAGCCCGAGUCCGAGCCUGUGGACCACACCGACGAGGCCCAGAAGAAGUUUGGCAACGUGAAGGCCAUCUCUUCAGACAUGUACUUUGGCAGACAAGCCCAGGCUGACUACGAGACCAGGGCCCGGCUGGAGAGGCUGUCGGGCAGCUCGGCCAUCAGCUCUGCGGACCUGUUCCAGGAACAAAGGAAGCAGACAGCAGGGACCUACAACCUGUCCAGCGUGCUGCCCAGCGCCCCUGACAUGGCACAGUUCAAGCAGGGCGUGAGGUCUGUGGCUGGGAAGCUGUCCGUCUUCGCCAAUGGAGUCAUGACGUCCAUUCAGGAUCGCUAUGGCUCCUAAUACGGGAGGCUCCCACACUCCCAGGACCGGCUGCUCCUCCCCUGCUCCGGGACCAGCUCCUCCUCC